CAUCCUAUCCCACUCAUCACCACAACAACAAAUUCAAAAGUCUCAGGGGUAGGUAGUACGAGCUCCAACAGCAACCCAUCUCGCCUUCUUGGUUCGACUUGAGAUAUACAGCCAAGCUGUCCCCCUCGGAAGCUUGCCGAUGGUAAGAUCCCAAGAUACUGUAACGCUCCUUGCAGGGCCAUUCUUAUCUUUGAGUUUUUGGGAAUCACUACGAGCCGGGAAAACUUCUUGCUGGCUUAGCUCGGACAACCAGCUCUUUUAUAUAUAGCUCCAAGAGGAUGUGUGAGCUCCAGGAAUGUGCUGAAAGAAGUGUGGAAUACCGACCUCCUGAUUUUACUCAGCCUUCUAACACUACUUUUCAACAUGACUUCUACUAUUCGAGCAACGAAUACUAACGAGAUGAAAUCGAUGACAAAUAACCAAGACGACGAGAUCCAGAGGACUGCCAAUCAUGGCACAUUUGGUCCAAAUGAGAAGGAAAAGGACUUGUCCGUCCAAGCCGGAGAGCUUACCUUCGAAGAAGAUACCUCUGGAGGACUGGGCCGCCAUCUUGGUGUCUUCUCUACCACAUUUCUGAUUAUUGGGCGUAUCAUCGGUUCGGGCAUCUUCUCAACCCCCUCGAGCAUCACCACAAGCACAGGAAGUGUUGGUGCUGCAAUGUUCAUGUGGGUUCUUGGCUUCGCCAUCUCCAUGGCCGGUCUUUUCGUCUGGCUUGAGUUUGGCUGUAUGAUUCCUCGAAGUGGUGGCGAGAAAGUGUACUUGGAAGCAUCCUAUCGUCAACCAAGGCAUAUGACCAGUAUUCUGUUCGCCAUCCAGUCUGUGUUGCUAGGCUUCUCUGCUACUGGAUGCAUCACCUUCGCAUCCAACAUGGUGCUAGCCGCCGAUACAACCGUCUCGGAGAGCGCAUCUCGAGGCAUCGCAGGAUCAGCCAUGAUAUUCGUUGCGCUCAUGCACGGCCUCACUCCAAAGUUCGGAGUCAAGGUCAUGAACGUUGUUGGCGUGUUGAAAGUUGGCAUCGUCAUAUUCAUCGUCGUAACUGGAUGGGUGGUUCUCGGCGGUGGCACUCGUGUCAAAGACCCUCAUGCUAGUUUCCGAAAUGCAUUCGAAGGGUCAACAAAGACCGGCAAUCCGUACGCCACAGCUUUGUUCAAGGUCUUGAGCUCCUUUGCUGGAUGGUCCAACGCCGCUUAUAUCCUGAACGACGUCAAGAAUCCCGUCCGCACAUUGAAAAUCGCAGGCCCGCUAGCAGUCACUACUUGCGGCAUGCUCUACAUUUUUGCCAACAUUUCAUACUAUGCGGCAGCCACACCAGCUGAGGUUUCGGCAAGUGGUGUGACUGUGGCAUCGCUCUUCAUGAAAAAAGUUUUCGGCAAGACAGCUUCCAGAGGUUUGAGCGUCUUUGUCGGACUGUCAGCUCUUGGAAAUGUAAUGACAGUAACUUAUGCCCAUGCAAGAGUGAACCAAGAAAUCGCCAAAGAGGGGAUCCUCCCCUUCUCCAGCUUUUGGGCUACCACCUAUCCCACCGGCGCUCCAACAGGUGGUCUCUUCCUCCACUUCAUCCCUAGUAUCAUCAUGAUCACAGCCAUCCCCUUCGGCGAUGCAUACAACUUCAUCGUCGAUGUCGAAGGAUACCCACGUGCAAUCGUCUUCGCUACAGUUGUGAUCGGACUGUUCUUCCUUCGAUGGAAGAAGCCUUUCGCAGAACGACCGUUUAAGGUGUUCUUACCAAUCGCUGGAUUUUUCUUGGUUGGACAGUUGUUCGUGCUUGUUGCGCCUUUCUUGCGCCCACCAGGAGGCAAGGGAGAUACAAGCCAGCCAUAUUGGGCGUACCCACUUGUUGGCCUUGGAGUGAUGUUCGCAGGGUUGGUAUACUAUGCUGUUCUUAUGCAUAUCUUGCCGAGAUUAGGCAACUAUUCUCUCAAGCAUGAGAAGGUGGUACUCGCGGACGGCACUUUCGUCAUGAAGUUCGCGAGGAGCAAGGAUGAGUAAGCAGGGAGAACAUUUGUCAUAUCUCCUUCGUAGGCUGAGAAUGGAGGCAUAGGAGGUACGCAUUCUGGUGAGUAAAAGCUCAUUCGCAUUUGCGAUAGGCAAGGGAAACCUAAGAAUAUGGCGAAGUGGAUUGAAAUGAAAAUUAGUAAUGGGA